ACAAUGAAAUCAUCACGGUCAUCUACAUACACGUGUGAACACCAAAGCAAAAUGAAUCACAAAAUAAAUCAUCAUCAUAAUCAUGAAGAUCAAUCCCGUCCGUCCGUCGAAUCAACAAACACAUCAACGAAAAAGUAUAAAUAGAGAAAGAGAAUAAUAACACAUGAAAACAAAAUAAAACACUACUCAGAAUUUAAAAUCAAAUAGAUCCCGUCCGUCCGUCAAUGAAAAGUCAGAUCAAGAUCCCCGUGGACGAAUCUAGAAAACGAUGGCGAAUAGGGCAGCAGAGAGAGCAGUUGCAGCAAUGAUGGGUUUGCUGAAGGAAAAUGCUGCAGAUGGAGAAGGUGGAGAGUCAGAUGGUGAGCCAGAUGGUGAAGAGCCGGGUCCACUUGCUGGGGCGGUUGGAGUAGGUGCAGGAGGAGAGGAAGAAGUGGGUCCAUCAGUUGGUGUUGGAGCUGGAGGGGAACUUGCUGGAGAAGAGGCGGGUGCUGGAGUGGCUGCAGGUGGUGUUGCAGCUGGAGGAGUGGCAGCAGGAGGAGUUGCAGCUGGAGGUGUUGCAGCAGGAGGAGUUGCAGUUGGAGGAGUUGCCGUUGGUGGUGUAGCCGGUGCUGGAGUUGCGGUUGGUGGCUGUGUUGGUGCAGCAGUUGGGGCUUGUGCAAAACAAGAGGUGGCUAGAAGGCCUAAGAUAAGAAAAACUUGUACUGCUGCAGAGGAAGCCAUUUUGAGAUUUUUAGUAAGGGAGAGAGAUUUUGGAGAAGGAAAAAUUGUUUGAAAGAGAGAGAAGAUGAGAAAAGAGGGAGUAGUGAACAAUGAAUGAAAAGGGAGAGAAUAUAUAAAAAGAGAGGGUAAGGUUAGAAGAAGUGGGGGACUUGAAACAAAGAAGUGGAAGGACAGCUAUUAAGGCAUCAACAAUAAUGGCUUUGAAGAUUCCUCCAAAUUUCUCUCUUAAAAAAUUGAAAUGCUACCUAUUUUUAUAUACUCCUAUACGCAAAUGGUUAAAAGCAUCUA